AUGCGCUUCAUAUUCCUGAUAUACUUGAUUUUCGGAUUAACUCCCCAUAUACACGGGGGAGUGAUUCAGGAGACGUUGGACAUCCUUCAGACGAUCAAUCACGUGACAAAGGCGAUCCUUAAGGCCGUGAAUACGAUUGAGAGCAUUCCUGUGGCGGAAAUCACGGCCGGAAGCCUGAUCUACUCUAGACAAAACCAGUUGUUGGAUAAAAUGGCAGAGGUCAGUGCCAGGAUCGUUGAGCUGGAGAAGCAGCAAGAACGCAACACGGACCUGACCAUCCAGAUGCUGCGGAAUAUGUGGGACAAAACGGAGCUACUGUUGCAGAUCGAUCGCCUGAACGUAGUGACCACAUUAAUAAAUCUCCGCUACAACCAGCUGGGCGACUACGAGCGACACCGCGACGCUCUGGAGCCGAUCACGCUGCUCAAGUUCACCCAAUGGAACGUUGAUCCCAGUCCCAAUUCGCUCCUCACGCAGGUGGAGCAGCUGCAUGGCAGCCUCUACGGAUGUGAGCCUUAUGCUGGAGCCGACAAACUGGACUACUCGCAAACGCUGAUCUGGCGGCUCACCCAGCGCUUUCAGGACUCUCCGGAGCAAAUGUGCCUGGCCAAACAGUCCGCCCAGCAGUUUGCCUACAAACUCUUCAGCAAGGCGGCCGUGACGGAGCUGAAGGCCUACUUCAUGAUGGAGUUCUCCUGGAUGGUGCAGCGGAAAAUGGGGCGCGGAAACUUCACCCAGGAACUUUUACUCAUGCGCACCAACCACCAGAAGCGUCUGGACGCUGCUGUAGAAAUUCUUCAGGAUGUGAUGAACAAAAGUGACCGCAUCUACUGGCGCUGUGAUCCCGAAAAAAAUAAGCAUGUGGAGGGGGAGACGUACGACCGAGUCACUCGGCUGCUGCAGGGCUUUGUGGAGAACGAGAUCAACUUGCACAGCGAUCAGUCUUGCUGGAACACCUGCGACGAUUAUCACGACACUCGUUCCAACGGUUGCUAUCAGCCGGAGCAGGAACUGUGUGGCCAGCAGCCCUCAUGCAAUGGGAGGCUCUACAACUGUGGACUCAUCGACUCGGACAUGACCAUUUGCCCUGCCCAAGAGAACGGAACUCGGCGCUAUGAAUACAUACACUACGACGAUGGCACCACUCUGGGCGGGAAAAGUGCCGGCUGCAAGUCAAAGGAAAAGAAGGCUGACUCCUGGACGCGCUGGCUCGUGAUGCGCUGUCACUAUUGCUUCUGCCUGUGCGACGAGCCCGGACCACUGUCCGAUCGCUACUUCAAUCUGCGGGCCAGCAUGUCUGAUUUCAUGCGCAAUCGGAUCGUGACCGGAGUGCGAUUUGUGAAGAGCCAAAGGGUGUUCCAUCUCCAACUACAGCAAGGACAGCUUCUGUCCUACGGAGCCAUAAACUCAAGCACACUGGAAUGGCUUCCUCUGGACGACUACAACGUGAGCGAUGCCGACAUCCGGAACGACUACGACUACCACACCCUGAGCGCAGACAGCCGAUCCCUAGAUCUGGACGAGAUUGUGUCCAAUGCCACGGAUCAAGUAGUAACCGGCGUCCGAUUCCGAAUCUUCAAAAAGCACCUCAACCUGGAGGUGCGCUUUACUCCCUUCAAUUUCUCCACUGGCCUGCUAGUGGAGCCGCAGACGAAGAGUUUCUGGCUGGGAAACCACAACACGGAUCUCGACGGCGCUCGCCAGAAGCUAAUACUAAAGGAGUCCGACCUGCCCACCGCUUCGGAGAUGCCAUCGCUGCCGCUCUCCCAGACUAAUCAGUACAUGGAGUUUGUCAGUUCCAGUCGGGAGAAAGACGUGGCCCAGAAUACGCUGCCCUUUAUCGACAUUCAGGAGGUGGUGCCCCACCCCGCUGUACCCUUGUCGGGGCUGGGAAUUUACCAUAAAGGACGAUCUGGCUACGGGGGUUUCUUUGCUCCCAAGGUGGUGACCUAUGAUUUUGCCAAACACCUAACUGAGCCGCGUAAAUAAGCUCAUAAAAUAUAAUAUAAGUUUUUUAAAUUUAAUUCUCUUUUCACAAUACUACAUUAUAACAAUACAGAAACAAAUAAACCGCAAAAACUUAAAA